AGGUUGUAAGUCUCUGAAGCAGUGCGUCGAUUACGGGAAUUGCCUGCCAAGUGUAGUCUCCGUCGCCAAAUUUCGCUCUCCUUCUGUGUUGAUACAUUUGUGUAGAUCACUAGGGCGCAUCACAAGCUUCUGUUGUUGUACUGAUUCUCUAUUUCGCGGUCGUCUUUUGGAGGGGCUGUAGUUGAAUUGUGGUCCAUUUAGUUUAGUUUUUCUGAGGGUUGAAGGAGUUCAGUGUUUUUCGGUUCAGAAGAAGAGAGCGGGGGAGAGGGAGAGGGGGAAAGAUAUGUGUGGGAGGGCGCGGUGCACGGUGAGAGUUGAUGCAGUAGGACGUGCUUGCGGCUUCUCGGCUCCCUUGCGUUCCGUGAAUGCUGAUCGAUAUCAGCCCUCGUACAAUGUGGCACCAGGUGCACACAUGCCUGUUGUGCGACACGAUGGUGCUGGUGAUGCAAGGGAGCCUGUUGUGCACUGCAUGAGAUGGGGCCUCGUCCCCAACUUUGCCAAGAAGUCAGAGAAACCAGAUUUUUAUCGUAUGUUUAACGCUAGGUCAGAAUCUGUACAUCAGAAGAUCUCUUUUCGUCGACUGUUGGCGAAGAAUCGAUGCCUUACUACUGUAGAAGGGUUUUACGAAUGGAAAAAAGAUGGCCAGAAAAAGCAGCCAUAUUAUAUACACAUGCAAGACGGGCAUCCUCUCGUGUUUGCUGCAUUAUAUGAUACUUGGGAAUCUCCUGAAGGGGAUAUGUUGUAUACAUUCACUAUCUUAACCACUCGUGUGUCAAAGCGGUUAGAAUGGUUACAUGACAGGAUGCCAGUUAUAUUGAAAGGUCAGGAUACUAUCGACUCAUGGUUGAAUGAUAAUUUAUCUGAAGAUGUUAUGAAAAAGCUGACACAACCUUAUGAAGCUCCUGACCUUAUUUGGUAUCCUGUCACUCCAGCCAUGGGAAAACCAGCGUUCAAUGGACCCGAGUGCAUUGAGGAGAUCAAGCCGAAGGUGGCAGGCGAGAGCAACAUAGCCCAAAUGUUUGGGAAACAGCUUGCACAGGAGAAUAAAAGUCACGUUAACAAAGUAAUGUCUCAAGAUAUCAAGGAUGAAGAUUUUCUUAAUGAUGAAGACUUUAAGGCUUUGCUCGCAGGCAUGCAGCCUGAUCAGGAUGUCAGUGAAGCAGUGAGUCACUCUGAAUAUUCAUCUCUGGAUAGAUUAAAUACACAGGCUACACCGAAGGAAGAAGCUCCUCCGCUCAUUAAACCUGAAACGAAAGAAGAAGAUCCUCCGCUCAUUAAACCUGAAACGAAAGAAGAAGAUCCUCCGCUCAUUAAACCCGAAACGAAAGAAGAAGAUCCUCCGCUCAUUAAACCCGAAACGAAGGAAGACCAUGUGCCUCAGACCAACAAGGAAGAAGACUCUGCUACAGCAGGUAACGAUAUAUCUUGUACCGAACCAACCAGCCCAAAGACCAGCCCAGUUUCCACUCCUGUGAAGCCGCAAGCUAGGACAGCAGCUACACUGGUCAAUCGUCACGACCCAAAGCGUCAACGGGUGAAUGAUGUUUCGAAAGGAUCUUCUAAAAAUGCUGUGCAUGCAGGGGUCAAGCAAAAGCAAAGCAACCUUCUUGGGUUCUUCUCCAAAGAGUAGUGAAGCAUUGUACAACCCAGAGCAGCACUGAACUACUAUUCUCAAGGGACUUGGUUGAUUUGCAAAGCACCAAUCUGUAGAGGCGAUCGAAGACAUCACUACAACCCAGCUCAGAAUACUUUAUCGAUUCUGAACCAGUUGCUCUUAGUAGCAUUUUAAGGGAAUGCCGAAGCAGUGGAUACAUUCCUUUGCUAUCCAAUAAGUUCAUCACAUCUCGAUGCAGAGAUAGUUGCAAUUGCUGUCUGGCUCUUAGGCUUUUUGUUUUCCAAAAAUGAAGAUAUCAAAUGCAAUGUAAAUUUCUUAUCUGGUUCUCUGCUUUGUGGCCAA